ACUUUUAACUUUUUAGACGCUACAUGACAUAUCACACAGUAAUUUCAAACGAAAAAAACAGUAUGAAGACUGUAAUUUUCUUAUUUGGACUUGUCGCAAUUAUCAUUUCAACUAAUGGAGAAUCUACUGCUGUUACCGAAGCUACUGCGAAAGCUCAUCCUGAAACUACUGCCAAAGCUAAUCCUGAAACAACUACUGAAACUAAUCACGAAACUGUUCCAAAAACAUUUUUUACGUUCUUUACAGAGAAAUUUAAGUUAUUCAAGCCGAAACGUGUACCAAAUGAAAAAUGGGGAAAUGUAAGGAAAGAAAAGAAGGAGGAAAAGAAACCUUAAUAUAAGAUCAUGCUAAAUGCAAAGAUCAAAAAUAUCGUUACAUAUAUAAAUGAAAAUAAGAAGUAAU